AUGUUCGACAAUUCACCUCUUUUACAUGAUCCUGAACCUUCUUCCAACAUUCCAAGGUUGCAGGAUCAAAACAAACCUUUGACAAUCAUCUACUCACCUCUUUGCGAAAAUCCUGAAACAUUAUUAAGAUCAUUAUUAUCGCAGACACCACCACCUUAUCAAUUAACCGUUCCAUUGGUCCAAAAAACGCAUCUUAGCGCGAGACUUAGACAAGUUGUCCCUGAGCUGACGGUCGGUGAAGUUUCCGGGCUUGCUAGUCAAGUUUGGAAACAUCAAUCUCAAAGUGUGUUACAAUUCUUUGAGGUGAUGUCCAUGGUCGCUAAACAGCGACAUAGGAUUUUAACGACUUCUCCUACACCACCAACAACCACAUCAAAUUCUCAAACAAAACCACAAACAUCAUUAACAUCAACACCACCAACUUUACCAACUCCAUUAACAACACCAUUAACACCAUUUAUACCAUUUACACACCGACACCAUUUAUCCCAUUUACACCACCAACACCAUUUAUACCAUUUACACCACCAACACCAUUUAUACCAUCACCAACUCCCAUUUUAA